UUAAAUGAUUACAAUUUGGAUGUUUGGUUUUGAAGUUGAUUUUUUCUGUACGGCCCGUUUCGAAGUGAAUACCUAUUGCCAAGGCGGGAGGGGCGCAGGGAUAAGGCCGGUAUUAUGUCUAUUAAGCGUGCGCUACCUAAACAGUUGCUUAAAAUUAAAAACUAUGUAGGUCUCCUGGUUCGUCUUAAUUAUUUCUACAAAAAGUCCGCGAUACCAUAUCUCUAUCUUUUCUAUUUUAAAAAAACCAGUCAUGACCCAAACCUAACAAAGAUGAUGACCCAAUGGGACAAGUCCAAGGGACAAACAUUCUCUUUGGUUGGCAUUGACCUACGAAAAGAAUGUUUCUCCCAUGGGCAAUUAUAUGUUGGUCUAUCAAGAGUGGGAUCAUCCGAAAACCAGAUAAUUUUGUUACCAGAAAAUAAAACAACCUCAAACAUUGUUUAUAGAGAAGCUUUAAAUUAA